AUGGAGCCGGCGGUGCUGGCCUCGCACAACCUCCCGCACCACGAGCCAAUCAGCUUUGGCAUCGAUCAGAUCCUGAGCUGCCCGGAACCCCCCGGGAGCGGCCUAGGCCCCGGUCGCUCAGGCCAGGGCCAUGGGGAGAGUGCGGCGUUCUCGGGUGGAUUUCACGGAACCUCAAGCUACGGUCCCGCGGGUUCGCUGGCCCCGCUACCUGGCAGCUCCGGCAUGGGCCCAGGCGGCGUGAUCCGCGUCCCGGCGCAUCGUCCAAUGCCAGUGCCGCCGCCCGCGGGAGGCGCGCCGGCAGUGCCUGGACCCUCUGGCUUGGGCGGAGCCGGGGGCCUACCGGGACUCACCUUCCCUUGGAUGGACAGCGGCCGCCGCUUUGCCAAGGACCGGCUCACGGCUGCACUCUCGCCCUUCUCCGGGACGCGCCGCAUAGGCCACCCCUACCAAAACCGGACCCCCCCGAAGCGGAAGAAGCCGCGCACGUCCUUCUCCCGCUCGCAGGUGCUGGAGCUGGAGCGGCGCUUCCUGCGCCAGAAGUACUUGGCCUCGGCCGAGAGGGCAGCGCUGGCCAAGGCCCUGCGCAUGACCGACGCCCAGGUCAAGACUUGGUUCCAGAACCGGCGCACCAAGUGGCGGCGCCAGACGGCGGAGGAGCGCGAGGCGGAGCGGCACCGCGCGGGCCGGCUGCUCCUGCACCUGCAGCAGGAUGCCCUACCACGGCCUCUGCGGCCGCCGCUGCCCCCGGACCCGCUCUGCCUGCACAACUCGUCUCUCUUCGCGCUGCAGAACCUGCAGCCUUGGGCCGAGGACAACAAGGUGGCUUCCGUGUCCGGGCUCGCCUCGGUGGUGUGA